AUGAACUCCAUUAGUGUUCGGAGGGUUGGAUGGAGUGUUAUUGUGCUCAUCGCUGUUGUCGGUGGUAUUACCGAUGCUCAUGAAUGCGGUACAAAUCAUACUGAACCGGCCCCAGCCAUUCAUAAGCUCCAGAAGCGAUUCCUUCCCUUCAUUCCAUAUGGCGGAAUAACGAAAAUGUUAUUUUCGGCGGCAUAUGACGUUAAAUUCAAUCACAAAACGAAACGCAGCCUGAGUUGGGCGUAUAACUUUCAAGCCAAUUAUGCCAUUCCAGGCACAAUAGUUUGGCCUCUACCGGAUAGUUACUUCAAGACGCGUCUAGAUGAAGGAAACUUUGUGGACAAUAGCAGAGUGCAGUUGUAUCGGAUACUGGAGGAAAUGAUCGAUUCCUGGAACAGCAAUGGCAGAGAUUGUCUUCUACGAAUGAUAUGUGAGGUUGCAGACACACCGUUGACGCAUAACGGGUUGAUUGGAGAGAUUCUCGAUGUGAUCUUUACACCUUCCGAAGAGGAGAAAAUGGAUUUGGAAUAUAAGCUGGCUGCAAGGUAUGGAGCAAACGGUGUUGAUUGUGGCAGACUUUAUGGCGAAUGUCCAGUGGGAUAUGGAUUACUUGAAAGACUCUCAACUGUUUUAGAUAUGUGA